CCGCGCUCCUCCGCGUAAUCCCGGCCUUUGCCCGCCAUCGCGCCUCCCGCUUGAUUUCCCGCCGCCUCAGAAAUGGCGCCAAAGCGGCUGCCCCGCCCCCGAGCCCGCCCGGCCAGCCAGCCAAUCGCCGCUCCCGACCUUCCAGGGUGCCCGGAUGCGGGAAGAGGAGGGAGGGAAGGAGGGAGGGACGGGGUGCGCGCGCGCAGUGCCGAGGGGUCGUCCCGGGAAGAUGUUGCGCCAGCUGUUCGUGCUGUCGUCCAAGGGCGACCGGCUCCUCUACAAGGACUUCCGCGGCGACGGGAGCGCCGACCUGGUGGAGACCUUCGCGCGGAGGAUCGCGGCGCUGCCCGCCGACCAAGCGCCGGUCUUCAUGGAGGCCGGCCCGGGGCUCCAUUUCGCCCACGUGCGCCACGCGGGGCUCUACUUCGUGGGUAUCCUCCGGCCCGACGCCUCCCCCUUCGAGGUCGUGGAGUUCCUCAGCAGGAUUACGGUUAUAUCCAGACAACCGCCCCGGACGUCCUGAAGAGCUUCAUCCAGAUGGACCCAGUGCUCAGCCAGCCCUUCAGCCUCUUUGACCUCAGCACGGUGGGCUUGUUUGGGGCAGAUACACAACAGAGCAGAGUGGCACCUAGUUGUGCAGCUGCUCGUCCAAUCCUGUCGCUUCGGGGAGAGCAGGUUUCACAGCCUGAAGUUUUCCUGGAUGUAGUGGAACGACUCACGGUCAUCAUUGCUGCCAAUGGCACUCCCAUGAAAACUGACAUCCAAGGAGAAAUACGGCUCAAGAGCUUCUUUCCCGGUUGCUCCGAGAUGCGGAUUGGCCUGCCAGAGGAGUUCUGUGUGGGCAAGACAGAGCUUCGAGGUUAUGGCACGGCUGUCCGCGUGGAUGAGUGUUCCUUCCACAGUUCUGUUAAACUGGACGAAUUUGAGAGCAGCCGCAUCCUCCGUGUCAGCCCCAGCCAAGGAGAGUUGACUCUGAUGCAAUACCAGCUAGCUGAUGACAUCCCCGCAGCCCUGCCCUUCCACCUGUUUCCCACCAUUAAGCACAGCUCCUGUGGCCGGGUGCAAAUUUAUCUCAAGCUUCGCUGUGACUUAUUUCCCAAAAGCCAUGCUGUCAACCUUCACAUCCAUCUGCCUGUGCCCAAAACUACGCUGAGCUUUUCUCAGGAGUUGAGCAGUCCUGAACAGACAGCCAUCUUGCAGCCUACCACCAAGUCUAUUGAGUGGAUUGUCCCCCGAAUGCAAGGUGGUUCCCAGCUUUCUGCCAUGUUUAAGCUGGAGAUUCCAGGGCUCACCCAGGCAGGACUACGUGAGCUCGGCCCCGUCAACCUGUCUUUUGAGAUGCCAGCCCACACCUGCUCUGGGCUGCAGAUCCGCUUCCUGCGCUUCACAGGGCCAGAGCCUACUCUUCCUCACCGGUGGGUGAGGUAUGUGACUCACAGCGAGUCCUAUGUGAUCCGACUCAAUGCAGGAUAGGCUGCCUCCUUGUUAUUCCAAAUUAAACAGCUUUAUUUUUUAACUAGCAAGUAUAAACAGUCAAAGCCACGAAACCAGGGAGCAUCCUGUGUGACCCUCAUUAAACAGUGCAAACCAAGGAAGAAAGCAAAUUUUAUACAGCAGGAGCAAAACGAGGCACAGAUGAUGGUGAUGAUACUUGGCAGGGAAUCUGUACAGCCCUCCUCUCCACGACCCCCCACCCCCGUAAGGGAGACCUCUGCAAAAGAAGAGCUUCAGGAAACCUGCAGGGAAAGAGGGAGACCAAUAAGAGCCUUUCUCUGCCACUAAAUUCGACGCUCUUGAGGAGGCUUCAGGAAUGCUCUGGGCGGCAGCACCCAAAUUCCCCCUUAACCACCAGUGCGGAAAGCAGCCUCUCCACCACACAAGGUGCCGGCCUUUUACUGCAAACAGAUAAGAAUCGCCUUGACCUAGCAAAGUUACUCUUGGAAAAGGAUCCCAUCACCCACUUUUCAGAGAGAUUUAUGCAGUCACCCACACUGGUGGCCAUCACAAUAUCCUGCAGGCAAUGAGUUCCACAGGUUAAUUAUGACGCAUUUGAAGGAAUGCUGCUUUUUUUGCCAGUUUUAAAAUCCUUUCCCCACAGCUGCUCUGCAUGUUGCUUAUGCAUCUUCAAGCUGCUUUUUCACUCAAGUCAAAGGAGUCCUAAGCCUAUUGCAACAUUUUUCCAUGGAAAAACCAAACCGGUUACCUCCCUCUCCUGGCUGUUCUCUGGCUCUUCGAUUAGGUGCAGCCUGCGAAGACAAAAAACCAAGGCAGGCUUUCAGACCAGGCCUCCAAUGGCCAGGUAGGACCUGGCCCUCCCAGCCCAAAUUUUGCUCUUCUCGGUGGCUAUUCCGUACUUGCCAGUGGUUGCCCCAACCACUGAGUGGUUUGGCAGCACAAAAAGCACAGCGGGCUUUGGGUGCUGCAGCCUCUGUAGCCAGGCACUUUGCCACACAAGCGUGCUGCUCUUGAGCUCUCUGCCCUUUUCUCUCGGGGCCACAGGCCCAACCUGUGGCCGGGAACCUUCCUCUUUUCUUUUGGGGGGGGCGGGGAAGGGAAGGGCUAGGACUGUGCAGGCAAUCCCUCUGAGGGCAGAAUUAUCCUCCCUUGUUUUGGGGUGUGUAGUUGUUUUUUAAAAAAAGUGGGGUCUGCUGGGAAAAAAGCCAUCCCUAGAGCCUCAGAGAGAUCAGUGUCACUUCCUAAGUGUGAAUGGGAAAGGGGGAGGUGAGGGGGGUUGAAAGUGCAGUCAUGCACAUGCCCUCUUUUAUCUAAUGAGCCAGAGGGAGCAGCUACAGUUCCCAGUUCUGAAGGCAAACCCGCAUUGGCAAACCCGCCACCUACUUUCAUCAAGAGCCCACACAGAAAAUUCGGCCAAGUAGCUCUGAACAUUUUCAGCGUUUUAAAAUGUUCCCUGAAGCCAAAAGGCAUCAAGUCAAGCAGAUAUUCCUUUCUUUUGAAAAGUAUGAUUACCAUUUGGGGGGGGGGGGGGGCGGAGGAAUGCGCUCUCAAUGGGUUCACCUACAAACUGCUUCUUCUACAAAAUACUCUCUUCUAUUGGUACAAACUGCUCCUCUGCUCAGGGCUGUCCCCAUGCUGGCUGUUAUCUUGUGGUCAAUCUACAAGUUCCAUGCACAAGUUAAAGGGGAGGGGUGACUAGCUAAGCCAGACUCCCCCCCUCCCAGCACUGGCUGGUACUGGCCACGGAGAAGGGAGAAAAGCCUCCCAAUCCCCGCACCUGGGCCAGCAAGAUAGUCAUGCUCGGGGACAUGGAAAUAAACCAGGAUGAACACCCCAAGCCCACUAGAGGUCAUCCAUGAGAUUCACCUCGGUUCUGCCUCUCAGCCUCAAAGGGUCCAGAUAAUCCACCUCAUCAUCCAUGGUCCUCUGCAGCUGGGACCCCAAAACCACCUCAACAACGGGUGGAAAAUCAUGGCACCUCUCCGACCUCUCAGCAGCAGUUUUUUCUUUUUAAUAAAUUUACAGACAUUUCUAAAA